AUGGCUACCAUGGGAACCGCCGAGCGAAUCACCAUACCAACAAACGUGCCAUCUACCGGCAUCUUCGAAGUACGCCCGCUGAUGGUCGAGACUGCCACCAAAGCGUCGGAGCUGCUGCAGCGAAACCACGACAACUACCACAUAUACAUCCACAAUCUCGGCCUUCACAACCAUAUCCUCCACCACCUUCUGGCCAUUUAUGCACUGGGAGGGACUCCUUGCCAGCUUGAGAAUGCCUACAAUCUAGCAACUGACUCUCAGAGGCCCACACGGAACCCAGACAUCAAUCGCGUGUUGGACUUUACUGAUCCUGCCAAAUUCAAGAAAUGUCUGGGUAAGGGGAAAUACUAUGACGAUUACUUCCUGUUUUUCCAGCGGGAGAUUGGCCGCAAUGGAGUGCCCAACACCGUAAAUGACUUCUUGUUUAAAGGGGAUGAAAGGGCCGAAGACAUGCUACGCCGGUUCUUUGGCGGAUUUUUGCACUCGCCGAUCCACCUAGGCUAUGCCAUCGAAUUCAAUCAGCCUCUAGUGGCCGCCGAGGCGCUUGCCCUCACGGCGAUCCACGAUGCCUCGUUCGGUGACAUCUUGGAACUCAUCGAGAAAAAUGCCCCGCUAUCUCCUGCAUCAGAGAGUCUGAUUGGCCUCCAGCUGGAAAUAUAUUCAAACCAGAAGUUUCGGCAUGCCAUGGACUAUAAGCAUGGCGUGUUUCAGAUUCAAAAUGGCCUCCUUGCCAAUGCGCGAGAGGAGUUCCUUCGGGUCGUGGGCUCCUGGAGGGUCCGGCCCCAGGAGCUGGAUGAAAAAACCGCAGAACAUCUGAAUGCUAGUCUAUACUGGACGGGACUCGCCCAACGGCCGGAGAAGCAGAUUCGCAUUGACUUCUUCCUGAUGCAUUCGAUCACCGCAGGGUCGUUCUGGCCCGUUCUCAAUAGUGCGCCAUGGAUCAGUCCCACUACAAAGUGCCGACUGCUGGAAUGGAAAGGCCGCUCGGAUUUGAUUCUAUACUGCCAGACAGGCGCACCUCUGCCGCGUCCCGAGGAAUUGGCCAUAUAUCAGCCUCAACAACCUUCGGGAUGGCAACAAAUAUUUCAACGCGCCUGUGAUUACAAAGAUGACGGUCACCUGUCAAAGCUCAUCCGCGGAAUCGCCACAGCGGCAGAGAUCAGCAAGGCUCAUGUGAAGAAUCCGAAAUUCAAACUAACAACCGAUCGAGAGUUUCUCACUCUUGCACAUAUGGCUAUGGAUUCUGCCGAGCAAUUCAACCGCCAUACAGGCACACGGGAAACCGACAUGAUCCGUGAAAGAUACCAGCAUGUGCGCACGCUGUCUAUGGAGAUACAGCGGGUGACAGCUCGGUGGCCACGUCAUGUAGGCUUCGAACAGGCUUGGUUCCACGUGCCGGAUAGGAAAUCAGUGGGACUUUCACACCUUUGA